UUAUUAUCGUUAUGUUCUUCUUGACACACCUGCUUUUAAUCAAGAUGGACAAUUAUUGCCUAACGUUGCUCUUUUUGAAGGCUUACCUCACAAACAACUUCUUACAUUAAAUUUGGAUGUGCCAGAAGCGUGGAUGGUGCAGCCAAUAUGGUCUGACCAUGACCUUGACAAUAUUCGCUUGGCAUUGGUCCAAAAAGAAGUUAUUGCUCGUUUUCAAUUACGACAUAUUCUUCUUGAGGGCCAUUGCUUCGAUGAGCAAAAUGGAAGUCCUCCAAGAGGUCUUCAGUUUGUGUUAGGAACACGUGCAAAUAUAGCAAUGUUUGAUACAAUAGUGAUGGCUAAUUUGGGAUAUUUUCAAUUAAAAGCUGGACCUGGUGCCUGGAUAUUACGUCUCCGUGAAGGGCGUUCCAAAGAAAUUUAUGAAAUAAAAGGAAGUGUUGGUGCAGAAAAGACAAAAUUAGGAAACAAUGCUAAUGGAGAAUUAGAAGAAUUGCACGUUCUUGUUGAAAGCUUUACUGGAAAAACAAUAAGAAUGCGAGUGGCUAAACGGAAAGGAAUGGAAAAAAGAAAUUUGUUAAGUGAAGAAAGUGAUAAAGGAAACAAUGCAGGUGAACGAUCUGAAAGGGACGAGGAAGAUGAUGAUGAUGAGGGCUCAAUAUGGUCCAAUUUUGCGCCUAAAAAAGUUGUUGAGAAUUUGUCAAAUAAAUUAUUGGGUGGUGAAAAGUAUGAUGUAAUAAAUAUUUUUUCUUUGGCUUCUGGACAUUUAUAUGAACGUUUCUUGCGCAUAAUGAUGCUUUCGGUCUUAAAAAAUACAAAACAUCGAGUCAAAUUCUGGCUUCUCAACAACUACCUUUCUCCACAAUUUCGAGAAUCUCUUCCAAUUUUGGGUAAACAUUACGGGUUUGAUUAUCAAUUAAUCGAAUAUAAAUGGCCACGUUGGUUACAUCAACAAACUGAAAAACAAAGAGUUAUGUGGGGUUACAAAAUUCUAUUUUUGGAUGUUUUAUUCCCUCUUGAUGUAAAGAAAAUAAUUUUUGUUGAUGCUGAUCAAGUUGUCCGUGCUGAUAUGAUGGAAUUAAUGGAGCUUGAUUUACAUGGAGCUCCUUAUGGAUACACACCUUUUUGUGAUAGCAGAACAUCCAUGGAUGGAUUUAGAUUUUGGAAAAGUGGAUAUUGGGCUUCUCAUUUGGCUGGACGGAAAUACCAUAUUAGCGCACUUUAUGUUGUGGACCUUCUAAAAUUUAGACAAAUUGCUGCUGGUGAUCGCCUUAGAGGGCAAUAUCAAGGGCUUAGUUCUGAUCCAAAUUCUCUUUCAAAUUUGGAUCAAGAUCUACCAAAUAAUAUGAUACAUCAAGUUAGAAUACACUCUUUGCCUCAAGAAUGGCUUUGGUGUGAAACUUGGUGUGAUGAUGCUUCCAAAACGAAUUCUAAAACUAUUGAUUUGUGUAACAAUCCUCAAACAAAAGAACCAAAAUUAGAAUCAGCUAUGAGAAUAAUUCCGGAAUGGACACAAUUAGAUAAUGAAAUAAAAGAAGUCUUAAUAUUAAAUAAUGAGGAUAACAAAGAAGAAAAGAACAAAGUAAUCGACAAAGAAAAGCAUAGUGAACUUUAA